AUGAAGUACACCGGCUUCACCCUCAUGGGCUUGAUGGGCUGCGCCCUCGCCCUGCCUGCUUCCCAGGGCCCUAUUCCUUCCAGCCCAACUCCCUCUGGGCCUGCGUCCACCGGAUUCUCCAGCUCUUCUGGUCUGCCUCCCUUCCCGACUGGUGGCUUCCCUAUGCCGCCCGGACCCUUCGAUAAGCGCCAGUUCUCCGAGCCCUCUAGUGGAUUCUCCGUCUCAUCUGGUCUCCCAACUCCAUCUGGAAUCUUCAACAAGCGCCAGGGCCCUAUCCCCUCUUUCUCCGCGCCCUCGGGGGUUCCCACCUCCUCCUUCCCCAGCGGACCUGCUCCCAGCGGGCUCCCCGAGCCUCCCUCUGGACUACCGACAUUCAACGGCUUUAACAAGCGCCAGUUCCCUGCUCCGACUGGUGGCUUCUCCACCCCUUCGGGCUCCCCUACCCCGUCCGGUGUUUUCAACAAGCGCCAGCUCUCUACUCCUUCCGGCGCGACCCCUACCCGCCCUGCUCUUAACGUUCGUGCCCCUACUGGUUCUCCUCCUUUCCCUGUCUCCAGUGGACCCGCUUCUACCGGCUUCCCUCAGCCUUCCUGGGUUUAA